AUGCAGUUUCCGUGUUGCCUUUCUGCCCCUUCCCGCGCCCCUCCCCCCCCCCCCCCACCCACCCACACCUCCUUCCCCCUCCUCCCUCCCCCCCCCCCCCCCCAACACCCACACACACCUCCUUCCCCCCCCCCCCCACUCCACAUCCACCUCCCUGUUCCCCCCCUCCCUCACUCCCCUCCUCCCCUUAACCCCCCCCCUUCCCACCCCUUCCACUCUUCUCCCCCCAACUACCUCUCCCCUCCCCCCCACUUCCCCUCCCUUCCCCUCCCCUUCCCCCCCUCAACCCCCCCCCAGGCCACCUCGCGCAGAGCAGUAUGGCUGGGGGUGGGGGAGCCUCUCCUUUCCAGACCACCUUACCUGUUUGUGUCUGCUUCCCCCCUUCCGCCUGCUUCUCCCCUGCGUCUCCCCCUCUUCGCCUUUUGCCUCAGGCCACCUCCCCCGUGGAUCCGCGGGU